ACCAAGGCUCCGCCCAAGGGUGACAGCUAGAUGGGGUCCGCGACUUCCGGAAGAAGUGCGCGUGCGUAGUGUACGAACGUAACUUUCACGCGCACGCGUAGUGCAUGCUUUACGUCCUAAUGGUUGUAGCGCGGUUUUGACUGUCUUGGUGUCAAACUAGGUUGGUUCUCUAAUGGCGUUCAAUUUCGGCUCCGCCGCAGGCACCGCGACCAACCAAGGCACAACUGGCUUUUCCCUGGGAAGUUUUACUCCCAAGACUACAGCAUCAGGUUUUGGAUUUGGUAACACUACCACAGCAGCAUCAACAGGAUUUGGCGGAUUUGGAGGGCUUGAGCAGGCGACGUCCAACACCACUGGGUUUAACUUUGGUGGUUUCGGACUAGCUGCUAACCCUGCCCUAAACUUUAACAUUGGGAACUUCAGUGUUUCCACUGCUCCAGCGCCUCCCUUCAAUUUUGGUAACGCUCUGGCAAGUGCAGGUGGUUUUGGUGGUUUUGGAACCACAUCUACUACUGCUGCUGGCACCGGUUUUAGUUUCUCAGCCCCUACUAACACUGGCACAACAGGUCUGUUUGGAAGCAAUCAAAACAAAGGAUUUGGAUUUGGCACUUUUGGAGCAGGAACGAACACUGGUCUAGGCACUGGUAUUUCAACUGGUUUUGGUUUGACUGGUUUCAAUACUCAACCGCAGCAGCAGCAACAACAGAAUGUUCUUGGAGGUGGACUUUUUGGACAGCCAGCACAAAACUUGAUUCAGUCAAAUCAGCUGUACAAUGCAGCAAGUGCCCUAAAUGCGCCAACAUUACUUGGUGAUGAAAGAGAUGCCAUCUUGGCAAAAUGGAACCAACUUCAGGCCUUAUGGGGAACAGGAAAAGGUUACUUCAACAGUAAUAUACCCCCUGUGGAAUUCACGCAGGAAAACCAUUUUUGCCGGUUUAAGGCUAUUGGUUAUAGUUGUAUAGCCAAUAACAAGGAUGAAGAUGGUCUUGUGGAGCUGGUGUUUAACAAAAAGGAAGCAGACAUUCGAGCCCAGCAACAACAGUUAGUGGAAUCGUUGCACAAAGUCCUAGGAGGUCACCAGACACUCACUGUUAAUGUGGAGGGAGUCAGAACUGUGCCUGAUGACCAAACAGAAGUUGUCAUAUAUGUUGUGGAGCGCUCACCAAAUGGAACUUCCAGAAGAGUCCCGUCCAGUUCUUUACAAGCCUACUUUGAGCAAGCCAAUGUAAAAGCCAAUUUUCAGCAGCUGGGAGUCGCAUUAACCAUGGCCAGAAUAGAGCUGUCCCCAGCACAAAUAAAGCAGCUGCUGCAGAACCCUCCUGCAGGUGUGGAUCGCAAUAUCUGGGAACAGGCAAAAAUGGACAACCCUGAUUCGGAGAGGCUGAUCCCUGUUGCAAUGGUUGGCUUCAAAGAGCUACUUAGAAGACUUAAAGUUCAAGAUCAGAUGACAAAACUACACCAGAGUAGGCUAGAUAUGAUCUCUGAUGACAUAAGCGAACUGCAAAAAAAUCAGGCGACAACAGUGGCUAAGCUUGCACAGUACAAAAGGAAAUUACUAGAGCUUUCCCACAGAGUUCUUCAGGUUUUAAUAAAACAAGAAAAUCAGCGGAAGAGUGGAUUUGCAAUUCAAGCCGAAGAGGAGCAUCUGCGCGUACAGCUAGAUACCAUCCAGAGUGAACUUAAUGCUCCUACACAGUUCAAGGGUAGACUUAAUGAACUAAUGUCACAAAUUAGAAUGCAGAACCACUUUGGAGCAGUGAGAUCAGAAGAAAAUUAUUAUGUAGACUCGGAUCUCUUGAGAGAAAUCAAGCAGCACCUAAAACAGCAGCAGGAAGGACUGAGCCAUAUAACUGGUAUCAUCAAGGAUGAUCUGGAAGACAUCAAGCUUAUUGAACAAGGGUUGAGUGAUAAUGUUCAUAUACGUGGUGGAAUGUUCAGCUGACUUGUGAAAAAAAAAAAAACAACACCUAGAUUCCAGCCACAGUAUGGAUUGCAAACAUUUGAACAGCUCCAGGCCGGCUGAUUACAAUAUAAUGUUACUGUAAACACUUGUAAAUCAUUUUCUAUCUUCUGUUUUCACAGUUAAGAACAGAAAAUUUGUUUUUCAGAUAAAAUGACAAGUGUUCAAACACUGAAUUAUUUAAGUGCAUGUACUGCAAUUAAAGGCAAGGAACCUAAACAAUGUGAUCAUCUUGUAAGGCAACUGACUUAAACCUACUUCAGCAGCAUAUUGGAGUACCAGUGACAUUAAAAUGUGACAAAUGCAGCAGCUAGUGGUAUGCUAAAAGAAACAUUCAGCACUGCAAAAUUCCUUUCCAUUACCACAGCUUUUUUAUUCUUGAUAUUAAAUAUUGGAUCUUAUUAGGAUCUAUGACGAAUGAAUAAAUAUUUUUCUUAUUUA